CACUGAUAAACGGGAGAAAGAAAAUGUAUAAAAACAUCGAGCCAGAGAGGAAUUAAUGCAUUUCUCGUAAGAGUUUGUGAACAUUUCUGUUGUGCUAGCAAGAGUGCUACAAUGGCGCGUCCUGCAUUAACAACUACGAUUCCGCCCAGCACGUUGGUCUUCGGAGUAUUCCUGCUCGCAGUAUCUCAGGCCUCUGUCUCGGAAUGUCCAAGCAAGGCGUUGUGGAACGAAACCGUGCAAAUUCCACACGAGUAUGACUGCGAGAAAUUUUACACGUGCGUGGGUAGGAGAAAUAAAGUGGAGAGACAGUGUCCUCCCAUGGAUGGCGAAGGUCACAGGCUCCACUUUAAUAAGAAACUUCAGGUGUGCGAUUGGCCAUCUGAGGCCGGUUGCAAAUCGUCUCUGCUUCUGAAAAUCGUGAGGAAACCUGUGCUCGCAGAAAAGCCGAUUCCGACCAAGUGUCCGAGAGUCGACUCGAUGAACGAAACCGUGCACCUUGCUCACGAGUGGGAUUGCACGAAAUUCUACAAGUGUCAUCAGGGAAGGAAGAUCUUGAUGUCCUGCCCGACUGACAAGGACGGCAACAGUCUGUACUUCAAUCCUCGCGAGCAAGUUUGCGAUUGGCCUUUCAACGUCGAUUGUCAGAUGCAGCGAUUGACCCUUAAGAAAGAGCCGGUUGCCAAGCCUGUUCCAACGAGCUGUCCGAAGCACGAUUCACCCAAUGAAACCGUACAUUUGGCUCACGAACGCGACUGCACCAAAUUCUACACGUGCUCGAACGGCAAAAAAAUUCUACAGCAAUGUCCGCUGCUGGAUGACAAAGGACAUCGACUCUAUUUCGACCCGGAGGAGCAGGUUUGCGACUGGCCAUCCAACGUCGACUGCAAACUGCCUGAACCUCUACUGAGAAUCCCACCGGUCAGAAAAAUAUUACCGGUUCCAACCGAGUGCCCGGAACACGAUCCGCCCAACUACGAAGUCAACCUCGUCCAUGAGAACGACUGCACUAAAUUCUACAAGUGCUUCCGCGGAGUCAGAUACUUGUUGCAGUGCCCCGUCAUCGAUGGCACUCAGAAUCGAUACUUCUUCAACAAGGAGACUCAACGAUGCGAUUUCCCGUGGAACGCUGGCUGCGAUUUGAAUAAUCCUGAUUCGAACGAUCAUUCUCCCACUUCGAGGACGGACGAAUCCGACAUGGCGAUGAAAAAACGUUUCGAGUCCAAGGACUUUAAUUUAAUCCAAACCUCAAUUCGCUGUUGCACAACAUGCAAGACCGACCCUGAAGACAUCAUCGAGGGGCUCAACAUGCUGCUGUUCACCGCUCUGAUCGCAGGCUUUGUACUGCUCGUCACAGCUGAUUCAGAUGACGACAUCCAUCUCUCGGACUGCUCUAGAAGCUGGAUAGAGAACAAGACCAGAUACCUGUCACAUGAAAACGAUUGUAGGAAAUAUUACGUGUGCCUCGGUAGCAGGAAAGUGCCGAGACAGUGUGCCGCGGUGGAUGAUGUGAGGUAUUUCUUCAGCGAUAAACUUCAUCACUGCGUACCGCCGAAGGAGGCCGAUUGCCAUUUGCCUCUGCCUCCAAGAGCGACCCAACUGACUGUGAAGAAAGAGUUGUCUGGAUGCAAUCCCCCGACCUCGUGUCCACGAGUCGAUCCUAAAAACACAACCAUUCAUCUUUCCUAUAAGGGAGAUUGCACAAAAUUCUACAAGUGUCUUCAAGGAUAUAUGAUUGAGAUGCAAUGUCCGAAAGAUCAGCAGGGCAAUAGGUUGUAUUUCAACCCCUGCGAACAGGUUUGUGAUUGGUCGUUCAACGUUGAUUGCCCGUACUAUAUGUGAAGAAAGAAUUGCUUGCCAGGCCCAUACGCAACGAACUAUUGGGCUCACAAGUGUCACCCUGACCUCUGGUGGUCAAAUAUUCAUCUGCUCAAAACCAGUCGCUGCCUGGGCUUUUCUAUAACUAUGCUUAUAAAAAAUGGACGCUCAUUCUCAAUCAAUUUGCUAAACUACGCCGCCCUCGUGAUGUUUCCCGAUAAGCCCUCGAUGCGAGUGGCCAUAAAAUCUCAAGUAAAUGGCUCUAACAAAAAAUUUUAUUCAAAUCCCAAGCUUCUUGUGUUCCAACGGACUGAAGUAUGAACCAGUUACUACGACCGUUUUUAAGCUCAGAUUUGGCUGUGAAUCACAGUCUCACCUGGUCUAGAAAUGAUAGGUACGAGUUCCUAGAACAGAAAAUUACUGCGGUGUCAUUGAAACACAGAUUGUCAGCUUGAACGAGUUGCCGUGCGGAAGGGCU